GGGCUCUCACUGACAGAAGGAAGAAGGCUUGUGACUGGCAGCGGGAUCCAGCCCCAAAAAAAAAGCCGGCUCUUCUUUCCGCUCCUUCAUUUCUACGUACGCUGAGCUCUAUGGCUGCCAAAGGGAUGAAUCUCUGCAAUGUGUGCUGCCUGCUUCUUUAUGUGAUCUCGGCUGUGCUUGCAGGGCGAGAUUUCUAUCAGAUCUUGGGUGUGACCAAGUCUGCAUCGAUCCGGGACAUAAAGAAGGCCUACAGAAAGCUUGCUCUGCAGCUACAUCCCGACAGAAACCAAGACGACCCAAAAGCUCAAGAUAAAUUUGCAGACUUGGGGGCAGCUUAUGAGGUUCUCUCAGAUGAGGAGAAAAGAAAACAGUACGACGCAUACGGAGAAGAUGGACUCAAAGAGGGUCAUCACGGCUCACACAACGACAUUUUCUCCAGCUUCUUUGGAGACUUUGGGUUCAUGUUUGGAGGAAACAGACAGCAGCAGGACAGGAACAUCCCCAGAGGAAAUGACAUCAUACUUGACCUGGAGGUCACGCUUGAAGAGGUGUACUCUGGGAACUUUGUGGAGGUCGUUCGUAACAAGCCCAUAGCCAGAGAAGCUCCCGGAAAGAGGAAGUGUAACUGCAGGCAGGAGAUGAGGACGACGCAGCUCGGACCUGGACGCUUUCAAAUGACUCAGGAGAUGGUCUGUGACGAGUGUCCAAAUGUGAAGCUGGUUAAUGAAGAGAGAACCCUGGAGGUAGAAAUCGAGCAGGGAGUGAGAGAUGAGAUGGAGUACCCUUUCAUUGGAGAAGGUGAGCCUCACAUCGAUGGAGAACCUGGAGAUCUACGAUUCAGAAUCAAAGUGUUAAAACAUCCAGUGUUUGAGCGCAGAGGAGACGACCUUUACACCAACGUCACCAUCUCCCUGGUGGAGGCGCUGGUCGGAUUCAAGAUGGAGAUCGUACAUUUGGACGGACAUAAGGUUCACAUAGAGAGAGAUAAGGUCACCAAACCCGGCGCUCGGAUGUGGAAGAAAGGAGAAGGUCUGCCAAACUUCGACAACAUCAACAUCAGAGGUUCCCUCAUCAUCACCUUUGACGUGGAGUUUCCUCAGACGCAGCUGGACGAGCAGCAGAAAGAGGGUAUUCGGAGCCUCCUGAAGCAGGGAUCUGUACAGAAAGUUUACAAUGGACUACAAGGAUACUGACACAGCAGCAGACACAGCCUGGACUAAGUUAUCUGAUUCAUCGCUCAGCAGGAGGGCCAGGGUGUAUUUAUUAUUUUCAGAUUGUUCUCAGGAUGGCUCGAACCCACUUCAGCUUUUACGUUUUAAUGUUCUGCAGGCCAACAGCAGCGGCACAUUUAAUGCAGACGUGUACAAAUGGAAAUGAUGCCAUGUUUUGUUGAACUCUCUGUGUCCCCUCAUUAUUUAGUAACACAGCCUUUCUUUUAUUUUGAAAAGCUAAAAUUCAUUUUCCUUCUGAGUGAAGAGGACACUCUGACUCAGUCACUACGUAUGCUGAAGAACGAGCUGCUGACGACAGAAGAAGAAGUUCUUGACAAACCUUUAAACCUGCGCCAGAAGAAAGAACAGACGUUUCUCCUUUUCGGUUCUACUUAUUUGAUGAAUGUAACAGCCCCGCCUGAAAUGGUUUAUUUUGUAAAUAGGGAAGAACAAAGCUCAUCAGUUUGUUGUGUUUCAGUUUUCCUAAUUUCUGUUCCCUCUGACUUGUCUGUUUGUGCCGACAGAACGGUCUCUGUUGCUUCAUAAUUUCCCCUUUUUGUUCACUGUGACGAGAGUUGACCUCUUGAAUAAAACGGUGACGUUUCAUUAUUUUGGAGAAACAAGGGCGGGUUUGCACAUCCUCCUCCUCCUCCGAUUCUCUCUCCCUGUUUGGGCUGAACUCCUCUGACUCAAAGGGACUCCUGACCAGAACUAUCAUCCUCUGGUUGGUUUAUAAACGUGAUUUUAAAAUGUCCUCCUCUCUGUUUUUACUGUCAAAUGCAAAGCUGCCUCCAGAAUUUUACGAGCGAGUCCUCUCGGCCUUAAAUGUGAAAUAUUUGGCCGUUUUUACCGGGUGUUUAGGGGGAUAAUGUACUUUUGACUGACAAUAUAAAUAAAGAUUUCUACAAAG